CAGGGCAAGGUCAAGUAUCAUUACAAAAAAUAUCUGAUACUGCUUCUGGUAUCUCUUCUCCUGGAAAGCUCGUGAGUACAAAAAAUGGGCAGGGAUUAAUUCAAGAAAUUUCUCGCAACUUUGAUGAAUCCGCUACUCCUUCAUCUAUUCAGGAGAAUGAUUUCACAUGCGCAUUGUCUCUCAACCCUCCAGAAAUUUCGUUUAUCUCAGGGGAGGGUAAAAAAGGGUGGUUAAGCCGUAGGUCAGUUGCGACUUUACACAAAGCGACAUCCACGGAAAGAGUGGUAGAUUUGCUUAAUGAUGCCGAAAAUAAAGGUCCUGAAGCUCAAGGGCAAAUAAUCAUUUUCUAA